AUGGCUGCCAACAGCAUCAUCGUGCAGUGCCUGAAGUGCAACAAGGUGCUGAGCGACAGCACCGCGCUCGUCCUCAGCGACAAGGAGCGCAAGAUACUCGGCGUCAAGGGGGCGUCGUCCAUACAGGUCCACGAGGAGGCCGUGAGCGACCCGUCGGACGGCGGCGACAGCGAGUACAACAUCAUCACCUGCGUCCAGUGCUCCGCCGAGGUUGGCAAGGUGUACGUUCGAACCUCCCAAGAGACGGCCAAGCUCCAAGAUCUCAUCUCCCUCUCCACCGACGCUGUGUGCUCGUACCAGCUGGGACGUCACGAGAUGCGCGUCCAGGGCACCGGCGACCUCAACCCGCUGUCCGAGGAGCGCGUCACGCGGCUCGAGGAGCAGAUGGUCAAGGUGGAGAACGUGUUGGUGCUGUUCAACGAGCGGUGGCACGCGAUGGAGUCGGCGCUGCGGCAGCUGCAGCAACGCGUCGACGUGGUGAGCACCCCGUCGCAGCGGCACGGCAUGGCGUGGGGGAUGGGACCCACCGGCGCGAGUCCCAGCGGCGCGAGUCCCGGCGGCGGAGGGGGGGGGAGCGUGGGGCGCGGGCCGGGCGGCGGGGUCGGGAUGCCCAUGCUCCCCGGGGAGGCGGGGGGGCGCGGAGGAGGGGGAUCGCCGUACGGCGCGGACGUCGGCGGCGGCGGCGGGGGCGGGGGGGGAUUCCGAAGCGCUGGGUCGGGCGCCGCGGCGGCCAUGUACGGCUCGCCGCACUUCAGGGGUCAGCGCGCGCAGUGA